AUGGGAACUACGUUGCUUCGAAAGUAUAAAAAUGCGGUGGCUCAGCGAAAUAUUCAGACAGAGGGCCAUCGGGGCUUGACAGAUUCUUUGGAAGACCCAAGACUUGUGCCUGCAUGGGAGAAAAUGUGUGUCAAAUGGGAGAAAGAUCCCUUUCCAAAAACCACAGCAAAAAACCCAUAUUAUGUGAAGGAGACUGGUGCAUCUGAAGCUGAAGUCAAGAAGGCCCUUCACGAUGAAGAGGCUGAAUUUUUAUCUAAAGGUGGAACGUUACCGCACAAAACUACCCCGUCUGUCUUUAUUGGUAUGGGCCUAGACCUUGAGGAAGCACAGCGGCGACUUAAACGGCUAGCUACCAACACGAGUGCAGAUGCCACUAUUUGCCAAGAAGGCACACUCACGGAGCAGCGAAAUAUCCUCACUACACGCAUUCGGGCAUGGGAGCAACUUGUUCCCAUCUAUAUGCCAGGACUGCUUCAGUAUCAGACAGAUAAUCCGCCGACAGAGCAGUCAACGCACGCCGAAGACAUUGUCCUGUGGCUUCCAUCAAUGGUACCCGCAGAAUGCAGAGAAACUAUCUGUGUGGCCGGCUUGGCUGAUGUCGAACAGAAGCUGCGGAUGGCGCAUAUGACCGACUCUUUGAAUGCAAUACGGCAGAUUCUCAAAAUCAAGUCACGAAUGAUUGAAUUCAAAAAUAAAAACAUACGAGGACAACGUGGGGGAACCAGGUCAACGUCAGUUAUCGACCGCGUGCAUGAGCGUGCACGAUUUGCAGCAGGAAAAUAUCGUGCAGCUCGGAAAGCUUAUUUCGAGUUGGCAGGACCUGGUAACUGGGAGCAGAAUUACCGUGUACUUGCAGACGGAGAUAUUCGAGCAUAUCAAGAUCCUGCUCGGCUAGGACCCAGAAAGGGACGCCGCGGAACGCUUGAUGAUGAACAGGUCGCGGCAGGGAUGGAUGUAGAGAAUCAGCCAGAAGAGGGGGAUCUUUUCCUGUUCAACGAGGAGCGCACCAAGCGUCAAGGAUCGGGUCAGACACGGCGAACUCUGUCAUGGAUCUGGACGGUUUGUACCAAUGCUGCAGACACAACAAGCGAAGAAGAGAAAGAUGAUCUCUUGCGUGUUGAAUGGGCGAGGAGCCGAGCUAGGGUCAUGCGCGCAAAAGAGGAGGUUUCGAUGUUGAAGGAAGAGAUGCGGCGAACAUUAGUGUUUUUGGACUGGAAAGCUGCCUGGUGGCGAGAACGCAAAAACGCUAUCUCUAACGCGAGUAGCGAUCGCUUGGAGGCCAUUUCCGCAUUUGCCAUUGUGCAAGCUGACCUUCAAGAUUCCUUGGCGGAGCAUUUCCAAAAUCUGUGGCGGUCUCCAUUACAAGAGGCAACAUUGCGUGCUGCAGGUUCUUCAAUUGCUGCCACUGAGCCCACAUCAGUUUCUUCGACUGACCCUGCCUCGACAUUGACAUUGCUUGGAGAUGGAGAUGAAGGUGAUGAUAACGGUGAUGACGACGAUGAGUACAACGAGGAAGAAAUGUUUGAAGAGAGUGGUGUGGAGGAGUUGGAUAUCACUGCAAAUAGUGUAGCAGCAUUGGUGUAA